CACUACGCGGCGGCGCGCUGGGCCGAGAGCGCGCGGGCGCUGGAGGCCAGUCUGCGCCUCCACCGCCUGCUGCGCGACAGCGAGGGACACUGUCACCGCCGCUGCGCCGAGAGCCCCGUGGAGCCCGCGGAAGCGGCCGCGGAAGGCGCCGCGGAGCCGCCCGCCGAGUGGGAGCAGGAGCUGCGGCUCUUCGGGCGGCUGCUGCGCCGCGCCGGCUGCCUGCGCGCCUGCAAGCGCGGCCUGCCCGUCUUCCAGCUGCGCUACCCGCCCGCGCAGACGCUGCGCGACUUCCAGCGCCGCCUGCCCUACCAGUACCUGCACUAUGCGCUCUUCAAGUGCAACAAGCUGGAGAAGGCGGUGGCGGCAGCGCACACCUUCCUGCAGAAGAACCCCGCGCACGAGAUGACACGCAGGUACCUGCACUACUACCGCACCAUGGUGGACGUGGACGAGCACCUCGUGGACCUGGAGGCGCAGCCCUACGAGCCCACCUUCGUGCGCGCCGUGAAGCUCUACAACGGCGGCGAUUUCCGCAGCAGCGCGGCGCACAUGGAGCAGGCGCUGGCCGAGUACUACAAGGCCUACGAGAGCUGCCUGGCCGGCUGCGAGGGCGCCCGCGAGCUCCAGGACUUCAAGGACUUCUACCCGGCGGUGGCAGACCUCCUGGCCAGCGUGCUGCACUGCAAGGUGGACUGCGAGGCCGAGCUCACGCCCAACGUGGGCGGCUACUUCGUGGAGAAGUUCGUGGCCACCAUGUACCACUACCUGCAGUUCGCCUACUACAAGCUGAACGACGUGCGCAACGCGGUGCAGAGCGUCGCCAGCUACAUGCUCUUCGACCCGGCCGACGCCGUCAUGCAGCAGAACCUGGUCUACUACCGCUUCCACCGGCAGCGCUGGCACCUGCAGGACGAGGAUUUCCAGCCCCGGGUGGAGGCCGUGCGGUACCACAACCAGACAGUUGCGCUGAGGACGAUGCUGGACUUUGCCCAGCAGCACCUGCAGGCUGAUGAUGAGAUGGAGGUGGAUGGUGACGAGGAGUCCGACACGCAGGAUCUACCCUCGGACGGCGAGUUUGAGGGUGAAGGCGACUAUGAGGAGGGCUUUGUGGCGGAGUGGUGGCAGGAGCCUCGGACCAAGGGGGACAAGGAUGAGGAAGAGACCCUCCAAUGAGGGAGGCGCAGGGGGACCGCGGCCCCACGUCGCUUCGCGGGUGCUGCGGGACGGACGAGCUGCCGAGCUCCGCA